AUGCCUGAUGAUCGCUAUCAUUCCUCAAGACAGAGAUCACGCUCGCCGGAUCGCUCGAGACGAGUCCGUGACCAUAAUCAGAAGCGACGACGGAGUCGCUCCCCUGCCCCAAUCCAGCUGCCACUGAACGCGCGUGCCCUUGUCAAACAUGACUUGAAGGGUUUCAAGAGACUAUUCGCUCUCUAUCUUGACAUUCAGAAGCAGAUCGACAUAGAUGAAUUGGACGAGACCGAGAUCAAAGGUAGGUGGAAGUCGUUCUUGGGCAAGUGGAACCGCGCAGAACUAGCAGAAGGUUGGUAUGACCCUGUGACCAAGGAGAAGGCAGAUCGUGCUACCUCUGGGGCCAAAACGUCACGCCACAGUCCACCAUCAGCCGUACAACCAAAACAAGACCAUCACCAGCACGAGCACGAGCACGAGCAAGUAGUGGCUGCUGGCCAGCCAUUCGCAGACCAUGACGACAGUGAAGACGAGUAUGCGCCGUCGCUGCCGACUAACCUAAGCCGCGUUGGACCUACAGUACCAUCCAUCCAAGAUCUGCAAUACAGGAACGAACUUGCCGAGGAAGACGAAACUGCACGCCGACAAGACUUGCGCUUCGACCGGAAGAUGGAUCGGAAACUGCAAAAAGAGCGCUUAGAAGAACUCAACCCACGCGCUGAGCCAGGCUCUCGGGAACGCCAACUCGAAAAGAAGCGUGAGAAGGCUGGUGCGAAUCGUGCUUUUCGCGAAGAAAAGUCUCCUGGAGCUGAAGAAGUUGGCGAGAGCCAGCUGAUCGGUGGCGAGGACGGCAUCAAGGCUCAUCUUCAAGCCACCCAGCGCAAAAAGUCGGAACGUGAAUUGAGAAAGGAGGAAAUCCUUCGCGCUCGUGAGGCCGAACGUGAGGAGCGACUUGCACACCACAGAGCCAAAGAAGACAAGACCAUGGAAAUGCUAAAGAGUCUUGCCAGACAACGUUACGGCUAA